GCUGCCCGCGCUGGCGCUGCACUGCGGAGACUCAGCCCGGAGCCGGCCCGGCUGGGUCGCGGUGAGCAGAGCCUAAGGAGGGGCUGCCGCGAGCCAGUGGUGGCUGGCUUUGAAGAAGAGAUGAUCGGGCUCUCCAGACCGCACCCACGCUUCCAGAUAUUUCAGGAAGAGGCGCCUGGAGAAAUGGAUGCUAGAAGAAAACACUGGAAGGAGAAUAUGUUUACUCCUUUUUUUAGUGCACAGGAUGUUCUAGAAGAGACUUCUCAGCCUGAAUCUUCUUCUGAAGAAACGAGUGCAGAUUGCAGCAAGGGAACGGAAGAAAUGUAUAAUUUGUCCAGCAGAAAGUUUCAAGAAGAAAAUAAAUUUACGAGGAAAGAAUAUAUUUUCCAACUAAAUGAAGUAGAACAAGAACCGAAUUUAAGAGAGAGCAAGAUAAACAUUUCAAGGAAUGAAACAGAUACCAGUUCUGCUUCCUACGAAUCAUCUAAGGUGGAUGUUACAACAGAAGAAAGCUUUAACAGCACAGACGAUAGCUCUACCUGCAGUACAGAUAACUUACCACUACAACGACAAGACAUUAGAAAGAAAUUGAUUGGAAGAAUGUCUCCAAAAUGUUGCUUGAAUCUUUUGAAUGAAGAACUGGAAGACCUCAAUAUGAAAUGUAGAAAUAUAGAAAAGGAAUUUGAAAAUGCCGAAAAAGAACUUUUGUACUCCAAAAAGGAAGUAUUCACAAAACCUCUAAAUUUUCAAGAAACAGAGAUAUAUACUUCAAAAAGUGACUAUGAACUUCAAACUUUAAGAAAUGACCUGUCCGCAAAAGCAAUAAAUGUAAAGAACUUAAGUGAACAACUCCGGCAAGCCAGAGAAGUCAUCCACAAGUUGAACCUAGAGAACAGAGAUUUGAAAGAAGCUGUUAGGCAGUUAAAGCAUCAAACCGAGUUUGGAAAUGUGCUCCUAAAAGAAGAAAUGAAAUUCUAUUAUGAAUUAGAAAUGGCAAAGGUCCGCAGAGAGCUCAGUGCCAUCAAGAAUGAACUGAGAGCUGAGAAGACCCUACGAGCAAGAAAUAACAGAACCUUAGAAUUGCUUCAAAAACACUUUGCUUCUAUGGCAACAUCAUCAAGUAUCCUUGACCACUCGACUGGGGAUUUUUUUUAAAAACUUAAAAAAAUCCUUCCAUUAGGCAAGUCAUUGAGCCAAAUCAACAUUUAUUGUAUUUUCUUUGUGUACUACUUAAAAUAUAUGUAAUAAAAUGUAAUUUUCAUUUUUGGUGAAUCACAGUAUCUGUAAAAC